GCUGUCACAUGACCAGACCCGACCGCAAGUAUGAACAAAGCCUUAUUAUUGUCACAGAGCUGCUUGUCCUGAACUGUGGGCAGGCGGGCACUAGGGAAAGUCCGACUAGUUUCCGUGUUUGUAUGAACGGCUGACUCCAGUCAGUGUGGAGUUCCUGUUUCUCGUCAGACCGGGCGCAGGGGGCGGGGCCUGGGCAGCUCUCCGGUCACCGGUGUGCACACUAAUACAUGGCCGGUCACUUGGGUGAAAGAACUUGGUGAUAGCAGGAGACAUGGCUGAGCCUGACAUCUCCCCGGACCCCGAGCACAAUGUCCAGGAGGAAGCCAUGCUGCUGCCGGCCGGUGAAGUGGACCCCAACUCGGAGCGAUGCCAGACCCUGAGGAAGCUCAGCCAGGUCAGGCUGUACAAGAAGAGGUGGUUCAUCCUGAUGGUGGUGGCUUUACUCAACUCCUCCAACGCCAUGUUGUGGAUCAGCUUUGCUCCUGUAGCCGACCUGACUGCCAGGCACCUGAAGUCCUCUCUGGACACUGUCAACUACUUGUCCCUUGUGUACCUGGUUGUCUCCAUACCAGUUGGCUUUCUUGCAUCCUGGCUGCUGGACACACUCGGCCUAAACUAUGCAAUAAUCAUCAGUUCCUGGCUGAACAUGAUUGGCAGCAUAGUGCGUUCUGCCAGUGAUAUCUCAAUGUUGAAUACUGGCAAAAGUACCUUGGUUUACCUCUUUGUGGGGCAGAGUAUUUGUGCUGUAGCGCAGCCUCUCGUGCUCUUUGUUCCUGCUAAACUAGCUGCCGUGUGGUUUCCAGAACACCAACGUGCCACCGCAAAUAUGAUUGCAUCAAUGUCAAAUCCAUUUGGCAUAUUACUAGCAAACAUAUUAUCUCCAGCGAUUGCAUCUGAAGACAAGUACUUUCCAAUAUUACAUGUCGUCUAUGGCAUUCCUGCCGUACUUGCUUGCAUAUUAGCAACUGCAGGGGUUAAUGAAAAAGCCCCAUUGACACCGCCUUCAGUCAGUGCAAUUCAUUCCACUUCCGAGCCCUUCUUUGCUGGUUUAAAACAGCUUAUGAAAAAUAAAUCUUAUAUUAUACUAAUGAUUUGCUUUGGAAGUGGUCUUGGCAUUUUCACCGCUUUUUCUACCUUUCUGGAACAAAUAUUAUGCUUCAAUGACUAUUCCAAUUUUAUUUCAGGUUUAUGUGGAGCACUUUUCAUUGUAUUUGGGGCUAUUGGGGCCUUACUAUUUGGGCUGUAUGUUGACCGGACAAAGAAGUUUACAGAGAUUGUGAAAAUAUGUUUUGCUUUGACAGCUUUAACUAUAACAGCCUUCGCAGUGGCAUCUCAUUUGAAGAAAGUCGCCCCUCUGUUGGUGGUGAUUUGUUCUGUGCUGGGGUUUUUUGGGUUUGCAAUUUAUCCAAUUGCUAUGGAACUAGCCGUGGAAUGUUCAUACCCAGUUGGUGAAGGAAGCUCAACAGGCUUGGCUUUUAUAUCUGGUCAGAUCCAAGGAUUAAUAUUCAUGGUGUUAUUCCAGUCACUUACCAAACCUUAUGCUGCUUCUUCACUAUCCUCAUGUGGUAUGAACCAGAUUGAAAUAUACGACUGGUCAGUUGCAACUUUGGUGAUGGCCGGGAUUUGCAGCAUUGGAGCCUGUAUAUUUAUCAUCUUUUUUCAUACGGAUUAUAAAAGAUUGAAAGCAGAAGUAGCGGCUGAAAAAGAAAAACACGAAGGUUAACUUGACCAAGCAUAACCUGCUAGAUGUUUUUAUAUAGACUGCAAAGCUAAUGCGUGCAAACCGAGAGAUUGGUUAGGUACUGACUGUUGACACUUUAGUGGAUCUUGGUACUGAGUUUAUUGGGUUUUAGAGUCGAUGUACUUCUACACAAUUUCAUUUCAUAAUGCUGUAAGUAGCAAAUUUCUAAAUAAAUUAUUUUAAAGUACAUGCCUGCAUCCACCUAAAAAAUUGCUGUAAAGUUACAGUAUGGUCACUAGGGGUAUCACAUCCACCUAAGUUGCAGUCCACUGCCUGUUGUCAGGCAAGAUUCAUCCCUGGUAACAGACUCAGAAAACGGCUGAAAGGAAGUAGAGGAGUGUAAAAACUAGCUGAGAUCGUGAGCCUGAUAAAACAACUGCUUCUGAACAUCACAGGAGCCUCCCGCUUUUCUGUAAGUGUGAUUUAACCCUCCUUUUCAGUUUUCUGAGCU